AUGCCAUCACCCUCAAAUGCAGCCCAUGGCCAACCAUGGUCUGCGCCUUUCAGACGAGUACGUCACUGGUUCGCUGCCGGAGCAGACGGAGCAGGUCGUCAGCAACGCAAAUUAUACCCUCUCAACUUUUGGUUUUGUGUCUCUAUUCUAUUUCUGACAAGAAUUGGAUCUGAGCUUCUUGCAUACCCUAAAUCCAAGCUCUUGGUGGCUGCCAUCUGUCGACAUUACUACCGAAACGAAGAUGGUCAUCAUGGAGAUCCUUCGAAUGAGUUCUGUGACGAUCAUAGGGUCAUGAAUCAUUGGGUAUCAAUGUCUAGAUCCAUACAAUUCCUCUCCCCACUUGCUGCUACUGUGGCACUAAUUCCCAUGGGAAUACUUUUGGACAAGGGAAAGGGACGUCUUGCAUUUGCAAUUAGCAUUUCAAGCAGCGUUCUUUACUGGGGAUCCAUGGCCCUCUUUGGGCUAGUGCCAGUAUUCCCUCUCUGGUGCUUUUACAUCUCACCAAUAUUUCUACUACUAGGUGGUGGACCAUGGGCAAUCAACGCUCUUGUUUUUGCCACUCUAAGCAGCACGGUCAGACCAGAACAAAGAACUACCGCCUUCUCCUUCCUACAAGGUCUUUCGGGUCUUCCUGGUCUUGUAGGCCCGCUUCUCUAUGCUGCAUCCAUGAGUCCCGACCUCUGGGUUCCGUUUACGAUUGCCCCUGUUAUCUACUCUUUAACUCUCUUACCGGCACUGCAUCUCAAGAAUAAUAAUAAUCAAAACGGUGAGAACAAUGAAGCACGAGACGACGCGAGACCAGACGAGACUCAGCCUUUGCUUAACGCUGGCGAUAACUCCACCCGUGAAGCCGUUCAUUUCACUCAAGUCGACGGAGGGUUCAGUCAAAAGCUCCACAUCGUCACUACAUGCUUUGCCUGCUUCUUUGGGUUUUAUGUUGCCAGAGGAGCUGUCAUUUAUACCACGAUUUGGGUCUGGUCAAGAUUUAGACAUGAUAUGGCUUACAUGGACGUAUUCAUUUACAUACAAGCCGUUGUGCUAUCCAUACUAUUCUUAAUCGCCCUACCGUUGACUAUUUACAGGCUAGACAGAAAUUGGAGAGUCGCCAAAAGGGAUAUUAUCUUGUCUUUGACCAGUAUCGCUUGCUGUUCAGUCGGUACUUUCAUCGUCUUAGUUUCGCCAAACCUCGCAACCGCUAUCAUUGGAUUUAUCAUUUCGGUUUUUGGAUACAUCAUGCCUGUCUCUUUGCGGUCGUUCCUUGCUUCACAGUUUGACAAGGACUUCUCCGGGCGACUAUUUGCCGGCAUUGCCAUAAUGGAGACGAUUGGUGGUCUCAUCGGACAGCCCAUUGUGACAGUCUCCUACUACACUCAAGGCAUACCUUUUAUCAUAUCGCUGGUGACGUGUUUGAUCAUGUUUUUCUUGCUUGCCAGGCUAGCAAUCCGACUUUGA